CCUCCAGCUUGGGUCGGGCGAGGCAAAGACGCGCAUGCACGCUGCACCUGUUUGCGAGUGCUCCCCUGAGCGCGCCGCCUCUGCUACAAUGCCCGGCCUGGUUCGCAAGCUGCUCGUCUUCGCCGCGGUAGACGGGCUGGUGUUGCAGCCCGCGCCGCCGCGCAACCACCCGCCGACGACGCAGCAGGCCAUCAAGGUCGACUACAAGGGCAAUGUCGGCCCGCUGCUCAAGGACCGCCGCCAGGAAGACACGGCCCCGCACACGCUCGAGGUGCAUGGCAUCCUAGGCCUGCUCAAAGUUGCGUCGUCGUAUUUCCUCGUCUCGGUGUGCGACCGCGAGCAGGUGGCGCAGAUACGCGGAAAGGCCAUCUACAAGAUCACCGACGUCGCUCUGAUCCCGCUCUCCUCGCAGACCGACGCCGACAAGGCCAUCGUAUCAGCCCGCGACCACGCACAGCGCCACAGGAAGGCACAGGGCCGCGCGGAGGACGAGUAUGAUAGCGAGAGCGACGAGGAUGACGCGCCCAGUGUGACCGACUCGCUCGAGGAAGACACGCCCGCACCGCCCACCCAAGUCAAGGAUCCCGUCACGGGCCAGCGCGGGCCGGCCGACCGGCGCACCAGCGUUGCCGAGGACGUGAUGCAGCGCAAAGGCGUCUACGGUCGCUUCGCAGACAAGUGGUUUUCCAAGAAGGGGUGGAAGACUGACAAGAGAAGGACGCAGGGCAUGAGCUCCGCCGAGGACCUACGCAAGGCCAUGUCCACGAAUGUGGAGUCGAUACCCAACGACGAGGGAGGGCCUCUCAGUCCAUCCAAGCCCGAUGCUCUGCCCGUCGAAGACAGGGAUGUGCCAGAGCCCGUGAGCCCUGAAGAGAUACCGAAAGCGCUUGCCGGAGACAAGGACAGCACUACCAUCGCCUUGUUGCCCAAGAUUCUGCGCACCGCCAAGAUGUACUUUGCUUCUGGGAACUUUUUCUACUCGUACGAUUACGACCUUUCGCAUGCAGUUGGAAAGCAGCAGCCUAGUUCCACUGUCCCUCUCUCCAAGCAAUUCGAUCCCCUGUUCUUUUGGAACGAGCACAUCAUGGCCCCCUUUAUCGAAGCAGGCCAGUACAGUUUCGUCCUCCCAGUCAUCCAAGGCUUUGUCGGCCAGCGUCCAUUUAGCAUCAAGGUCGUCGAUACCAAGUCCAACAGCGUUGUUAUAGAUCCGGACGCCACUCCGAAUGACGUGGAGCUACAGUCGAUCCACCAAAACAAAUCAACCGAGUCAAUUGCUAGCACAGAUGACAACACGAAAACGCCUCCACCGGAGCCUUCCAAUGGCAAGGACUUCCUCCUUACCCUGGUUUCGCGCCGGUCAACCAAAAGAGCUGGCCUCCGCUACCUCCGGCGUGGCCUUGAUGACGAAGGCAGCACAGCCAACAGCGUCGAGACUGAGCAGAUCCUUUCGUCGCCCACUUGGAACACGUCGCAAGACAAGAUCUUUUCUUUCACUCAGGUUCGAGGUUCGAUACCCCUCUUCUUUUCGCAAUCUCCGUACAGCUUGAAGCCGCAAGUGGAUACCUGGGGUUCCACGGACACGAAUGCGAAGGCUUUCAAACGCCACUUCGCCGAACUAACAGCAAGAUACGGCUCCGUGUAUGCUGCGUCUUUGGUCGACAAGCACGGAACUGAAGCAAAGAUUGGAAGCCUAUACGAGCAACACGCCAAGAUAGUGAACGAACAUGGCGGCAUGGACGGCAAAGGGAAGAAUCUCGAUUUCGAAUGGUUCGAUUUCCAUCAUGUCUGCCGAGGUAUGCGAUUCGAGAAUGUUUCUCUGCUCAUGGACUCUAUUGGCCCUUUCUUGGAGACAGCGAGCUGGACGGAGAUCUCGAACGAUCAAGCCAAGCAGACGCAGUCUGGUGUGUUGCGCACAAAUUGCAUGGAUUGUCUCGAUCGUACCAAUGUUGUUCAGUCUGCCUGCGCCCGGAUAACCCUCGAGGCUCAGCUUUCGGCCGGCGAUUACAGCAUUGAUCUCCAGAACGACCCAAGCACAUCCUGGUUCAACACUCUUUGGGCAGACAACGGCGACGCAAUCUCCAAACAGUACGCGGGCACUGCUGCGCUCAAGGGAGACUUCACCCGAACUAGAAAACGCCAAAUCACUGGCGCUCUGACUGACUUUGGGCUCACGUUGACCAGGUACUACAACAACAUUGUCAAUGAUUACUUCACGCAAGCGGUCAUCGACUACCUGUUAGGACGCGCGACAGAUUCCAUCUUUGCCGAGUUUGAGGCAGACAUGAAGAGCGCAGAUUACUUCAUCGACGUUCGGAAAGUGCGACAGGCGGCCAUUGACCGCUCAGCCGGCAUUGUCAUCGAAGACAAGGACGAAGAUCUUGUCGCUGGCUGGACGUUGAGCGUGCCGACUUCGGCCGAUCAUCUCAAAACUGCCACCUUUGAGGAAGCUGUGCUACUGCUGACAGAGAAAGCUCUGUAUUUCUGCCGCCUGGAUUGGGGCACGGAAAAGGUGCGUGAAUUCGAGCGCAUCGAGGUGGAGAAUGUGGAGGGAUUAUUCCGCGGUGUCUACAUCACCAGCACGUUAGCAUCGCGGCACAUGGACGAGCAGAAGAAUGUCGGUUUUGUAAUUCGGUAUCGGGCAGGGCCAGGUGGGGACCUGGUGCGGCGCAACACGCGUUCGCUUGAAUCUGGGAAAAGCGGUGCCCCGUCCGAAGAUGAGCCAGCGGCGUCGAAAUCACAGGCUCCACAGGCGACUGGCCGCUUCCUUGCGUUCAAGGCGCUGCCUCCACGCACCAGCAUGCCGGCAGCUGGGGACGCCGCAGAAAGUCCGGAGAACGAAGUGGAGGUGGUGCAGGGCAUAUGUGAGGAGAUUGCGAAGGUGGUGAAUAAGACGAGGGCCGGUGAGCAAGUCAAGUCUAGCAUUCCGGGAACGGAACAGGAAGACAAGACGGGAGGCGAGCCGCAAACAAGGAGGUUGGAGGUCAAGGAUCAGGAUGUGAUCAGUUUGACAGAUGCGAAGAGGAGUACGGGAUAUGUAGAGACGCUGGCCUACUCGAUGAAGAAGCUGGUAUGGGGUUGAGCGUAUAUGCGAAGAACGGCUGGAUACAUAGCAUGAUACCACAUAGAAUUGUAAUGACGCGGACAUUUUUUUCCC